AUGUACUAUAUUACGUAUCUGUCGGGCUUGUGCCAGCGCCGACAGUGGCCCAAUCCUCUCUACGAAACUUUCCAGACCGGCCAAGGCUACUUCGGCUGCAAAGUCCGCGUCAACAACCGAGAAUACUCUGCUAACGACCCAUACUUUUCCGAAGCUCAUGCACGCGAAGGUGCGGCCAUGAAAGCUUACAUGAUCUGCCGGAAUUUCUCCCACAAUGACGGCAUGUACCCAGGCCAGCGGCCAGGACAACGGUCAGCCAAUGGGCCAGUACAAGGGUUGCCUGUGGCCAUUGGUACAGGCAGGAGGUCCAGUAGGCAGGCUUGUUCCGCCGUGGACGUCCAAUACGACUCUCAGUCCUCCUCGGACGCGACAAGCAGUGGCGGUGACAGCCCAAAAAGCCCCGGAGGUGGCUUUGCACAUCAGCUUCACAUGGUACAAGCCGUGCCUAGAGCCUCAGCGCGGCAGGAUAAACAGUUACGGCACGAUGCCCACACGUGCUACUGCCGACGUGGACCAGUCCGAGCCUAUGGCCAUUGUGUAUCUUGUCUUCAAGAGGGCAACUGGGCGUAA